UGUAAUUUGCACGAUCGUUUCGAUAACUUGCAUGAUGUUUUCAAAAGGUUAUUGUAAUACGAGAUAUUUACUUGUCUAGAUACAUUCGAAUAAUUUUGUAAUACGAGAUAUUUAUUUGUCUAGAUGCAUUCGAAUAAUUUUGAUCGCGACUAAGUAAAGGGAUCGAAUAAAAAUAAUACUAAUGUGUACAUACACGCUGUAGAAAAGAUUUAGUUACAAAGAUUUCGUUAUUAUACGAACAAUGUAAUAUUGUUAGCGCGCGAAAUCGUGUCAUUUGGCGAGAUUUGAAUAAUAUACUAUGUAAUCUAACGGACAUAUUAAAAAAGAAGGAGAAAAACACGACAUUUAAUUUUCGAUAAAUACAGUAUACAGUCGAUGCGUAAUGCGCGCAAGUCGCCGCGCGAGUCCGCCAUCUUAGUUUCGUCUCGCGCAUCGGGAUCAGAGCAAAAUCGUCGUAUUUUUCAUUUGCUGAAUUAACAAUUAUAGCUUAUAUAUAAAUAAUAAUAACAGUGUUGUAUCGGCAAUCGUCCCGAUCCAGGCGAUAAUUGGUAUAAUAAUAUCGCGUUUGUGUGCUUGUGUGCUUGUCAUUUAGUCGCGCGUGUUUUUGGUAUGUACCGCGUAUUACAUGUGCGGCUUGCGCCAGAGUGCAUGACGUUCUUGUCAAAAUGUCUGUCGUAUUUAUUUUUGUCGUCACGCAUAUGCAUAUACCUGCGUCGUACAUUGUCGAUCGUCCUGCAAAUCGAGCAUUAUAUUGCUAUUGUUUUUAUUAUUAUCGAGAAUAAAUAAACGCGCUUUGUUUAAGCUCUUAAUCGCGUACAAUCUGUGCAUUGAUAUAUAUUGAUAUUAUAACGCUCAAAUGGAAUGAUUAAACUUUGAUUAAUCUUGACUGUACAUAAAACAAGCUCUCUCUCUCUCUCUCUCUCUCUCUCUCUCUCUCUCUCUCUCUCUCUCUCUCUCGUAUCUCAAUAUCCAUUUAUCUCAAUACUUUAAUUAGUUUUUAAAUUAGUUCUAGUUUUAAAAUUAAUUCUUCAACAAGUGAGAAUUGACGAAUAUUAGGAAACCGCAAAAGUUUUCAACAAUCCUGCAUUCUCCGAAAAGUCAUUAAAAAUAUUUUGAAUUAUUUCAUUAAAUUGUAUCGGUAAUUUGAGGCCUAACGAUUACAACUAUUUUAAGAUUCGCAUUUAAUGUAAUGUAGACGUAUAACGUGCACCGUAUACUUCUUUUCUCGCGCAAGGUAAUAAAUAAAACUAUCCAAUAUAAUCACAUACUUUCGCGGUUUAUUGGUUUAUCGGAGUAAUCGUUGCAGGACAUUGCGCAGAGUAUACAAGUAGUAACAAAUAGUAACUAAUUGCAAGUUUUAUAGAGCAUGUUCCAAGCUUAUCGCGUAUUGCGGGUUGCUCACAUCGAUCAAUCUACCUAUCAGUUUCAUACUCGUACGCUCAUACUAUUAUGUUAUUCUUGCUAGAAACGUAAAGCUCCUAGGGUGAGUGAAACAUCGAAUAUUUACGUAAUAUUGCGUCGUAAGCUAGAUAACAACAAAAAAAAAAAAACAGGAAAUAAGUCUUAAAAGAGACAACUUCUUGAUUCGACUAAUUUCGCUCACGUCUCACGUUUAUCUCUCGGACUUUUGCGUUGCAUGAGAAAAGAAAAGUGCCAUGCGCGAUAAGCGUAAUUAGUGUAUUUUUUCCGAGUAUUCGUAUCCGAGUCGUGUGAGUGUUGUCUGAAUGGAGGAGCUGAAUCGGUGCCAGAAAUCGCCGAGGAAUUGGCGCCGAUGGAACAGUUGGCGAAUUUGGCCAAGUGGUAGUGCCGGUGCGACAGCUGUCGCAUCUCCACCGGACAGACGAGUCACGAGAGACGAUAUCGGCGUGGCUUCGGCUGGUAUAGCGGUGAACAAUGCGGCUACUACCGGCUGCAGCAGCGCGAGCGGCGCAACGUCCUCGAGAUCGCGCAAUCCUUCCUCUUCUCCCGGUCGGAACGGCCAACUCUCCAAACAGGGCACUUUGACGAUAGUACGCCGAAGUUCUGGCAAAAGCAAAAGCAUCAGCGGUGGCAAUUUCGAAAGUUCUCCACCACCGCACAACCCUGACGCUUCAUAUUUAUCGAGUCAAUCCGUCGAUCUCGAGGAGAUUCUAGAUAAUGUCGAUCUCACAACGGAUUCGCUUCCUGCCGUUGAUACUCCCGACGCGUGUGACAAAGCUGCCCUCAGAUUGAGGUGUUUAUUGAGGCAGCUACAACAUGGGGAGAUAUCCGCCGAAUUACUUCAACGAAACUUGCUCUACGCAGCUCGCGUGCUCGAGGCUGUUUUCAUCGACGAAACCAAGGUGAGUUCAGGCGGGAAUGAGUGCGCUCGAUCAUCACGUAGGGGGGCGGGCCUGACGUCUUCAUCCCUAGGGGGCGGCUUGGACUCGGACGGACCACAGGGCCACGCGGUGAUAACCCAGAAACGGAAGCUUCGCACCCCCGUAUGGGCAAGAGAUACUGAACGUGUGGAGUCAACCGCCACGUGUCGUCUGGGUAUACAUCGUAGGCGACUAGCAGAUGAAGAUGACGAGUUGUCGGAAGUUCAACCAGACGCAGUACCACCGGAAGUGCGCGAAUGGCUGGCAUCGACUUUCACCAGACAGCUCGCUACUACUAGACGAAAAGCCGACGAGAAACCGAAAUUCCGCUCGGUUGCUCAUGCCAUCAGAGCGGGCAUAUUCGUCGAUCGGAUGUAUAGGAGAGUCAUGAAUACCGCUGUCAUGCAAUUUCCACCGGAAGUCGUGAAAGUACUUAAGACUUUAGACGAUUGGUCGUUCGAUGUGUUUUCCCUGAACGAGGCCGCUCUGGGCACGCCAGUGAAAUAUCUGGGCUAUGACCUUCUCAAUCGAUAUGGUAUGAUUCAGAAGUUUAAAGUACCUCCCGCAGUUUUGGAGUGCUUCCUCGGAAGAGUUGAGGAGGGUUAUUGCAGGCAUCGAAACCCCUACCACAACAAUCUUCAUGCUGCCGACGUUGCGCAAACGAUGCAUUACAUUUUGUGUCAAACAGGUUUGAUGAAUUGGCUAACCGAUCUCGAGAUUUUCGCCACUCUCGUGGCAGCGAUUAUUCACGAUUACGAGCACACUGGGACCACAAACAAUUUCCACGUAAUGUCCGGUAGUGAUACAGCGCUCCUGUAUAAUGACCGAGCCGUAUUAGAAAAUCAUCACAUCUCAGCCAGUUUCCGGAUACUCAGGGAAGAUGAUUGUAAUAUACUGCAGAAUUUAUCGAGAGAGGAAUUUCGAGAAUUUCGAUCACUCGUAAUCGACAUGGUUCUUGCCACCGACAUGAGUUUUCAUUUUCAACAAUUAAAAAAUAUGAAGAAUUUAUUAAGUUUGGCAGAACCAAGCGUUGAUAAGAACAAAGCCGUUAGUUUGGUUCUUCAUUGUUGCGAUAUUUCGCAUCCCGCUAAGAGAUGGGAUCUUCAUCAUAGGUGGACGAUGCAACUUCUUGAAGAGUUUUUCAGACAAGGAGAUAAAGAGAGAGAACUUGGAUUGCCAUUUUCUCCUCUAUGCGACCGCAAUAAUACGUUGGUAGCUGAAUCUCAAAUAGGAUUCAUAGAAUUCAUUGUCGAGCCUAGUAUGCAAGUAUGCAGUGAUAUGCUGGAAACCGUUCUCGCACCGCUCAAUGUCAAGGAUACCACAGACGAGUCCAGCAAUGGCUCGGGAGGAGAAAAUAGAAGAUUUAAAAUUGGCAAACCUUGGAUCCCAUGUCUCGCGGAAAAUAAAAAGAUCUGGAAGGAACAAGCAGUCUGCGAUGCGGAAGCUAAAGCACAAAAAGAACAAGAACAAAAAGCCAGUAGUAAUCGCGAGGAUGGUGGAGGAGUGCAAGCUCCGGCUGAAGAAUGAAAGAUACAUCGGACAAUUGUAUUUUUCAAGAAUCUCUGUAACUUUAGAUUACGAGGAAGUUCGUGAUUCGAUGGCACCUAUCAUAAGUUUACGGACUUUUUAUUACGCUUACGAAUGAUAGCCAGGCGUCAUUCGGUAGUACAAAUAGAGAUAUGAAUAUUGUACACAUUAGAUGAGUGGAAACAAGAUGAUCUAUACACAACAUACACACACACACACACACACACACACACACACACACACACACACACACACACACACACACACACAAAUAUGUUGAAGGAUAAUUUGUUUAGAUUGAUACCAAAGACCCAAAUCAAGUAUUUAUCUUGCUAUUCCUGUAGAAUAUGUAUAGAAUAUAUCUUAUCCGAUUGUUUUUUA